AUGGUACAAGAAAAAGGCUCUCCCUUGGGCUCCGAGAAGGGCCAGACGAUCCUCGUCACCAACAACACGACACCUGGACAGCGUUCUAAAUACCGGCGUUACUGUCAUUCCAUUGCAUUCAUCGUUGCUCUUACCACUCUCAUCUACAACGUCACCUCCCUCGUAACCGGUGGACGACUAUUCCAUGGACCGGCCACUCUGAGCAUUGAACAGAGAGUCGAGAGGAUCCUGUCAGAGACUCCAUUGAUCGGUAGGAGAGAACAACCGUCUUUGAACCGAUAA